GGCAGAAAUAAAGACCAUGGUUUCAAAACUGACUCACCUUCAGGUGGAAUUGCUGGGAGCCCUGUUGGGAUCUGGACUAAGCAAGGAGACCCUCAUCAAAGCCCUGACUGAGUCGGACCCCUACGCACACCACAGCGAAAGUCAGCAGCCCAUCGGCACGAUCCAAGCGGAGAAGAGAGACCCUUGCGCAGAAAUCACAGCUCUUGCCAAUGGAAUGGGGGAGUCUAGGAUGUCCGAGGAGGAGACCUCAGACGAUGGUGAAGACUUCACUCCUCCAAUCAUGAAGGAACUGGAAAACUUGAGCCCUGAAGAGGCUGCUCACCAGAAAGCUGUGGUGGACAGACUAUUACAAGAGGAUCCCUGGAGGGUAGCUAAGAUGGUGAAGUCCUACCUACAGCAACACAACAUCCCUCAACGGGAGGUGGUGGACACCACAGGCUUGAAUCAGUCCCACCUCUCACAGCAUCUCAACAAGGGCACACCCAUGAAGACCCAGAAGAGAGCUGCCCUUUACACCUGGUACGUCCGCAAGCAGCGAGAGGUGAUCCAACAAUUCACACACGCUGGCCAGGGGAUCAUGGUGGAAGACACGAUGGGAGAGGAUCUACCGACCAAGAAAGGGAGGAGGAAUCGCUUCAAAUGGGGCCCCGCCUCACAGCAAAUCCUUUUCCAAGCCUAUGAGAGGCAAAAGAAUCCCAGCAAGGAGGAACGAGAAGCAUUAGUGGAGGAGUGCAACAGGGCAGAGUGCAUUCAGCGUGGCGUCUCCCCUUCCCAGGCCCAGGGCCUGGGCUCAAACCUGGUGACCGAGGUGAGAGUCUACAACUGGUUCGCCAACCGCCGGAAGGAGGAGGCUUUCCGGCACAAGCUCGCCAUGGACAGCUACAGCGGGCCACAGGCCGGCCCUGCGCCCACCCUGGCCUCCCACGGCUCUUCCUCACUCCAGCCAGCAGCACCUCUCUCACCCAGCAAGGUUCACGAGCAAUCUUCCCUGCAGCAGCAGCAGCAGCAGCAGCAGCAGCAGCAGCAGCAAACCCUCACCUUUUCUGACUCUGGCAUGAGGUACAAUCAGCAGCCCGUCAGCGAAACCGAUACCUCGAACGGCAGCCAGCACGGGGGAAGCAAUUCCAUCAUCACCACACAGACCAUCCUGCACCAGGUCUCUUCCCCGGGUCUGUGCUCGGCCAGUUCUGGCUCGGCUACAGAAGCGAAACUGAUCUCUACUCCUGGGGGCUCCCUUCCGCCAGUGAGCACCCUGACUGCCUUGCACAGCCUAGAGCAAAACCCGCACGCUCUGAGCCAACAAACCCAGAACCUCAUCAUGGCGUCGCUCCCUGGCGUCAUGGCAAUUGGUCCAGGGGACACAUCUUCACUAACGCCGACAUUCACCAAUACGGGGGCCUCCACCCUGGUCAUUGGCCUCGCUUCCACCCAAGCCCAGAGUGUCCCAGUCAUCAACAAUAUGGGGAACAGCCUCACCACGCUUCAGCCGGUCCAGUUCUCCCAGCAGCUGCACCCGUCGUACCAGCAGCCUCUCAUGCAACAGGUCCAGAGCCAUCUCAACCAGAGCCCUUUCAUGGCGACCAUGGCCCAGAUCCAGGCUCCUCAUGCUCUGUAUGGCCACAAGCCUGAGGUGGCCCAGUACGCCCACACCAGCCUUCUGCCCCAGACCAUGGUGAUAACGGACACCUCCAACCUCAGCGCUUUCGCCAGCCUGACGCCAACCAAGCAGGUCUUCACAUCAGACUCUGAGACUCACACGGAGUCUGGGAUGCACACGCCACCAGUGCAAGCAUCGACCAUACACUUGCAGAGCCAGGAUCCUGCCAUUCAGCACCUCCAGCCAGGCCACCGCCUCACCUCUAGCCCUGCUGUCUCCUCCAGUAGCCUGGUGCUUUACCAGAGCUCUGACUCCACCAACAGUCACAGCCACUUGCUACCGUCAACUCACGGUGUUAUAGAGACUUUCAUCUCGACGCAGAUGGCAUCCUCCACUCAGUAACCACAGCAACCAAUGGACAAUUGAUGACCACUGACCAAAGGGGAAGGGGCCUCCUUCACCACCACCACCACCACCACCACCACCGAUGCCUGCUGCUCCAGGAAGGGGAGGCCAGCCAGGAAUCUUCCAUUCGCCUCCUCCUCCUCCUCCUCCACUACCGUGUGCAAUUCCUUAUUUCACACCCUCAUUGUAAAGCUCUGGGAGAAGUUGUGCCAUGCAAAACAAUUCACAUCAGGCUAGCAAUAAGGGAGAGCUGGAGCUUGCGCUGUCAAGAGGAUGAGAGCCUUUGCAAACAGACAGGACAGGCUGGCUGGCUGAAGGAGCAAAACUGCCUUCAGGACAAGACUGCAAAACCAGCUGCAGUUCUGUUUCAGCUGGGCAGCC